AUGAGUUCCAUUGGUACCGGUUAUGAUCUUGCUGCAUCAACUUUUUCUCCAGAUGGAAGGAUAUUUCAAUUGGAGUAUGCACAAAAAGCUUUAGAUAAUUCUUGCAAUGUCAUAGCUUUAACAUGUAAAGAUGGUGUUGUGUUAGCUUGUGAUAAAACGGUUGUUUCAAAUCUCUACGUAAAGAAUUGUGACCCACGCAUCAUUAAUGUAUCUGACAAUGUCGGUACUGCCAUUGUUGGAGUAUAUCCAGAUGGAAGAGCACUUACUGAUUAUGCAGUUCAAGAAACUUUAAAAUAUUUUGAUAGUACAAAUACUAGUAUUAAAUCUGACAAGCUCUCUAAACAAAUAUCUGAAUACAUGCACAUAUUUACACUUGGAAUUCAUAGACCAUUUGGAGCUGGACUAUUUUUUGCUGAAUGGAGACCAACUGAAGGAUCAUUUUUGUAUUUUGUUGACCCAACUGGUUUAAGAUACAAAUAUUUUGCAUGGGCUGCAGGAAAACAUAAGCAAUCAGCCAAAACAGAAAUGGAAAAGUUGAAACUUGAGACUUUACCAGUCGAUCAGGCUGUUAAAGAGGCAGCAAAAAUUUUGUUAACACUUAGAGAAGAGGGACGUGACAAGAAUUGCCGUCUUGAGAUGGGAUGGACCGGUGCCCAUACAAAUGGUAAAUUUGAAGCAGUUCCAGAGAAAGUUGUUGAAGAAGCUCAAGCUUGGGCUAGAGCAAAAAUUGAUGAGGAAGAUCAAGAUGAUUAA